UGGUUGGUCAAGACUGCAGCGGUUCAAGUCACAACACAGUGGCUGUUUUGUGAUGUGGCAUUUUAAUCUUAGGGACUAGCUACUCAUUUUCAGUAUGAAGAUAUUUAUUAAGUUACUGCUGACUUUCUGCACGCUGCAUCUGUCUGUCAAUUUCAGCCCUGUUGUGAACGCAUCCAGGAGGCCAUGGACAGCUGCUGCAAACAGGAUGAGAAGGGCCAGAGCUGUAAACAGGCCUAUACCCAUCAACUGUAAGCUGGGGAGAUGGUCAUCUUGGACUCCUUGUAACUCCUGCACAGACCAAAAGGUCCGUUUCAGAUACUUGGAGAAGCCCUCACAGUUCGGCGGCACAGAGUGCAUCGAGGCACUGUGGGAGAAGCUGACAUGUCCAACAGCAACGACACAGUGUCUGGUGACAGAUUACUGUGCCGAUAGCUUCACCUGCAAGGAAACAGGACGCUGCAUCAGCCAGUCCCUUCGCUGCAACGGAGAGUCAGACUGCGAUGACUUUUCUGAUGAAGACGACUGUGCAGAAAUCAACCAGAGGGACGACAAGUGUUCCACCAUAAUGCCGAUCCCUGGAGCUGAACGUGGCACUCAGGGCUACAACGUCCUGACUGGAGACUUUGUGGAUCAUGUGCUAGACCCGAGGUACUUUGGAGGAAGGUGUGAAUACGUCUAUAAUGGCGAAUGGAGGAAAUUCAUCUAUGACGCGUUCUGUGAGAACUUGCACUACAACGCAGAUGAGAAGAACUACAGAAAACCUUACAACUACCAUACCUACCAGUUUGUGGCCGAAGCUACGUCAGAGGGCUCUCACGAAUACUACGAAGAUGUUGUGGGCCUGCUGAAUGCAAGGAAAAGUAUGAGAUCUUCCAGUGGUGGUGUCUCAGUUGGGAUCUAUUAUGUGGAAGUGGGACUGAGUGGAAGUCGUGAAUCAGAGUUUCUCAAGACCAUAACGCAGCAUAAAAGCCAGGACCUUGGGUUCAUUCGGCUUUGGUCCAAGGUGGAAACAGCCCACUUCAAGAUGAGAAGUAAUAAUCUAAUGCUUCAUGAAGAUUUCUACGUUUCACUCAUGGAGCUACCCGAGCAGUAUGACUUUGGGAUGUACUCCCGCUUCCUCAGCACAUUUGGCACCCACUACGUCACAGAGGGAACUAUGGGAGGAACCCUCGAAUAUGUCGUGGUUGUCAACAAGACGUUUAUGGCAGAGUCAAAGCUGGAGGCUGAACAAGCUGGGAGCUGCUUUGGUGCCUCUAUCGGUUUAAGUUGGCCCCUCAGCACCUAUGCAUCAGGAGAGCUCAAAGUGGGUGUGAAUCCGUGCAAUAAAAAAGGAUCGUUUAGUCAAGGCAAAGACUCUGAUUCAGCUCUGAUUGAGGAUAUUGUUACUCUGGUGAAGGGGGGAGUAACACACAGCAGCAGUGGUGUUUCGGCUAUCAGGAACCCUGAGACCUACAGAAACUGGGGAGCGUCCCUCAAACACAACCCAGCACUCAUCGAAUAUGAGACCAUGCCAAUCUAUGAGCUAGUGCGCCUCAGUACAGCUGCUGACCAUGUCGGUGCGAGGUUGGCCAACUUGGAGAGGGGCUUCGAUGAAUAUCUGCAGCAGUUCGACUCCUGUCGCUGCGCCCCCUGCAAGCACAACGGCAUCCCUGUCCUCACGCGUACCGCCUGUAACUGCAUUUGUAAGUCAGGCUAUCAUGGAGAGGCCUGUGAAGACACUCUCAGAAGAGAUACAAAGACAGACGGGUCAUGGUCGUGCUGGGGGGCCUGGUCAUCCUGUGCAUCGGGGAGGAAGACUCGGACAAAAACCUGUAAUAAUCCUGCACCUGAAGGGGGCGGAGCAGCCUGCCUGGGCUCCUCCUCUCAGAUUCAGCGAUGUUAAAUUACUCAGGCUCCAGGGUGAGCAUGCUGUUGAGUGCUAAGUGAGCAUUGUAAGUGUUUUUAAUGAAUAAAACUGUUCUGUCACAAUUCUUUUAUUUGUCUGAGCUCUGAAAGAAAAUGAAAUGCGGGCCGUCAUCAGGACACACAAUGUGACAAACUGUAUAUCAAGGUAGCAAUAAAUAUGUGAUGUGCA